CACCAAGCAAGCCACAUACACGUAUGUAUUUACAGUUUUGAUCGGAGUAUAGUGCCCGGUUUAUUAAACAAAAAAUAUAUUUGUGAAAAACAAAACAAUUGCUAAUUAAAGUGCGGAAUACAUUGAUUUUAAUCAAAGAGCAAAACAAAUAUAUUCAAACUAAUUAAAAACAAACAUAAUCAAAGAAAUAUUUAAUAAAGUCAAUAAACAGUUUAUCUAGAAUAGCGUAAUCGACGUUUGGACGCAGAAUGUCCGGGAGUUUAUCGAUCCUUAUCAUUGAUCGCCUGCAAUUGACGACAAUUUGCUUGUUGAUAUUUACUUUUAAUAAUCUUGAUAAUGCAAAGGCAUUCGGACCACGUCGUAGUGCCCUUUACACUAUUGAUGAAACGAGCCAGCAGUUAACACCUGACGACACACCAGAACCGCAAGAGAACUGGUUUCAACAAAAACUCGAUCACUUCGAUGACAAACAGGAGAAUAUAACAUGGAAGCAACGUUACUUUAUGAACGAUGCAUUCUACCGCAAUGACAGUGAUGCACCUAUUUUUCUCACAAUUGGUGGAGAACUGGCGAUCUCACCGCGUUGGGUGACCAAGGGAUCUUGGAUUAAAUUUGCCGAACACUUUGGAGCCAUGUGUUUCCAUUUGGAGCAUCGCUUCUAUGGUAAAAGUCAACCGAAAAGCGAUCUCUCAUACGAAAAUUUAAAGUUUCUUACCUCGCAGCAAGCUCUAGCCGAUGUGGCUUAUUUCAUACGAAGUAUGAAUGUAAAAUACAAUUUCAACAGUAAGCAAAAAUGGAUUGUCUUUGGUGGAUCUUAUCCCGGUGCGUUGGCGGCUUGGGCGCGUCAAAAAUAUCCGCAUUUAAUAUAUGGCGCCAUCAGUUCGAGUGCACCGCUUUUGGCAAAGGUGGAUUUCUUUGAGUACCUUCAAGUUGUCAAAGCCUCACUGACAACUCAUUCCGACAACUGCUUGAAGGCUUUAGGAAGAGCCUUUGCUGAGUUAGAAACACUCAUACGCCAACCCAUUGGCCAACGAAGUGUGAAUGAGAAAUUUAAUAUCUGCACACCAAUUGAAGAAUCGGCUACGAAGCCAUUGGAUAUGUCGAACUUCUUUCAAAAAUUAGCCGAUAAUAUUGCUUUUGUGGUGCAAUUCAAUAAAGUCAAUCGACCCGAAGCUUAUUAUACCAUCGAUGAAGCCUGCAAUGUUAUGGUCAAUGACACCAUUGGACCACCCUUUGAACGCUUGGGUAUUGUAAAUGGCAUGGUUUUGGAGAAUUUGAAGGAAAAAUGCCUAGAUUACAAAUACGACAAUAUGUUGACUGAAAUGAGGAAUAUUUCUUUGUUCGCCAAAGUAGCUAACGGUACACGCCAAUGGACCUAUCAGACUUGCAAUGAGUUCGGUUUCUAUCAAACGUCAAACGAUAAGAAUGACACAUUCGGUGAUAAAUUCAAAGUCGACUUUUUUAUUAAACAGUGUAUGGAUAUUUUUUCAGAAAGCAUGGACGCAAAGUACUUGGAACAAGUUGUUUCGCAGACAAAUGAGUUUUAUGGUGGACUUAAUCCCAACUCCACGAAUGUCCUUUACGUACACGGCUCAAUAGAUCCAUGGCAUGCGCUUGGUUUGACCGCAUCGAAUAACCCAAAUAUACCGACCGUUUUUAUUGAAGGUACUGCACAUUGCGCCGAAAUGUAUGAUGCUGCUAAAUCUGAUCCACCUCAACUCAGCGAGGCACGUAAUAAAAUAUUAGAUUAUCUUGCACAAUUAUUGACGAACUCCAAGAUGUGAAGUGGCUGAAAAGGGUUUCUUUAAUUAAGUACCAACUUACACAAAAUAUAUUUGUAUACAUUUCAUACAAACAUAAACAAAACAGAAAAAAUGAACACUUUUUCCAUCUUCACCUUUUUGAUUGCUGGUAUGGA